GCUGCAUCUCCUGUGCCCCCUCAGUCCAGACAGAGAAAAGCCAGAGGAGAUGAGGAGGAGCAGCAGGAGCGCCAGCUUCCAGGACAAGACGUCCACGGACCGCCGUCCCCAUGCGAGAUCCAGAAGUGGGCCGUCGGAGCUGAGCUGGAGUGCCUGUGAGCUGCUGGUCGUCACCCUCGCUCUGCUGGCCUUGUUCUACGUGGGCGUCCACCACCACAACUUCCACCUGCACGUCACCCGCCUCUACGCUGCACUGGGACAUCCACAGGCCCAGCAUCUCCUGGGCCAGCGCUACCUCACGGGGGUUGGAGUAGAGAAGGACAGUCAGAGAGCCAUGGAAUGGUUCAGGCGGGCAGCUGAACAAGGGCACCCCCAUUCGGCGUACAACCUGGCACUCGGCGUCCUCAGGAAUCUGACAGCCACUCAACAGUCAAGCGAAGCUCAGCGUUUCCUGCUGCAUGCGGCCGCCAAUGGAAUUUCCGAAGCGUAUUCUGUUCUAGAACAGCUCGCCUCAGAUCCAGAGUAUUCCUGAAGCCACCAAAACCUUCCAGGGGUCUGACUUGCCUCAAAAGCUGGCAUAUUGUCAUCUUUUCAGUUACCCAAUUAAAGGGGUCAUUUUGCUUGACUUUGCCCUACUAGGUGUCCAUGAAUAAAGCUUUAA